AUGGCAAAUGGGACAAAUGUGGAAGAAUUUAUCCUUCUUGGCUUCCCAGGAACGUGGCAUUUCUGAAUCUCCCUUGUGGUGGUGUUUGCAUUGACGUACUCCCUCACAGUAACAGGAGAUGCAUCCAUCAUAGCCUUCAUGUGGACGACCAAGAACCUCCAUACCCCAAUGUACUUUUUCUCUAAUCUCUCCUUUCUGGAGAUCUGGUACACUAUGGAUGUUGUUCCCAAAGCCAUAGGAGUCAUGCUGGGAACUAGCCAGACCAUCUCCUUCAAUGUCUGCAUCCUCCAGUUGUUCUUUCUUCUCUCUUUAGGCUCCACUGAAUGUUUUCUCCUGUCUGUCAUGGCCUAUGACUGCUACUUAGCCAUAUGCUACCCCUUGAGAUACAGCUCCAGCAUGAGCAGUGUCCUCUCUGCUCGGUUGGUACUCAGCUCCUGGCUGGCAGGCUUUCUAGUAAUCUUGCUGCUGGCCUUUCUGACAUCGAGGCUGACAUUCUGUGGGCCAGAUGUCAUCAAUCAUUUCUUCUCUGAUAUAGAUUCUUGCCUUGCACUUUCUUGCAGUGACACAUGGCCCGUGGAGCUGGCAACAUUCCUAGUCUCCAUCAUCAUUGUGGUGGCCUCCUGUGUGGUCAUCGUGGUCUCCUAUGUGUACAUAAUCUCUUCCAUCCUGAGAAUCAAGUCAGCCCACAGCUGGAAAAAGGCAUUUUCCACUUGUUCUGCCCAUCUCAGUGUCAUCACGAUCUGGUAUGGCUCCACCAUCUUCCUGUAUGUCAAGCCAUCAGCCCAUAACUCCCUGGAUCUCAACAAACUUAUGAAUACUUUUAACAUAGUUGUAACUCCUUUGUUGAACCCCUUCAUUUACACACUCAGGAUCAAAGAAGUGAAGCAAGCUCUGGGGCAUGUCUUCCAGAAAAAGUGA